AUAGUUUUAGUUUCCUCAGCCAAGCAAUGUUAGUUAGAAAUGCUAGUCUCUGUGCCCUUCAUCUGACAUGUCUUUAAAAAAGCUCAUUCAGCAAAAUUGCAAUGCCAAUUUUGUGGGCUACAGUGUCAGUCCAAGUUACACACCUCACUUGGAACCAAUGUGCAGUCCCCAAAUGGAUAAUAGAAGAGUUCAGAUUCUGGCGAACACAGUGGGGACGUUACCUAGAGGACGUAAACAGCUUGCUUUAACCAGAUCAAGUUCCUUCGGUGACUCUUCUGGAGCACAAAGACGGCUUCUUGCUAUUGUCAAAGAAGAUAAUGAAACAUUUGGAUUUGAAAUUGAGACACGUAAAUUACAACCCCAAAAUGCUUGCUCCUUGGAAGUAUGCACUUUUGUCUGCAAAAUACAAGAAAAAAGUCCUGCCCACCUUUCAGGCCUUCAAACAGGUGAUAUCCUAGCCAAUAUCAAUGGAGUGAGCACUGAAGGUUUCAGUCACAAGCAAAUGGUGGAUUUAAUAAAAUCUUCAGGGAAUUAUUUAAGAUUAGAGACUGUGAAUGGAGCCAGUAUAGUCAGGAGAAUGGAACUUGAAACCAAGCUGCAGUUACUGAAGCAAACUUUGCAGGAAAAAUGGGUGGAGUUCCGAUCUCUGCAAUUACAGGAACAACGCUUGCUGCAUGGGGAGGUGAAUGACAAUUCUCUUGUUGACGCCCUGGAAUCAGAAGAGUCCAAUUUAUUUGGUAGCUGUGCUUCACCAAAGCCUGCCUUCCCAUUUAAACCCCGGUUCUCCAGCGAAAGCAGCUGUAGAAGCCAGCUGAGCUCAAUGACAGUGGACAGUGAGGAUAGCUUCUACCAGACCUGCGUAUUUGAGGAUUCUCCUCACGAGUGUCUGAGCCGGCAGUCGAGCACAGAUGACGAUUGUUUCUUUCCGAGGGACAAUGACACUGCCAUACGGAAAUCGUCACUGAGGAGGAACAGAAGCAUCAGUGUAGCCAGCAAUGGAUCCAUGUCACCCUUGUGGGAAGGAGGCAGUUUCUCAAAUAUUUUUGGGACACUCCCAAGGAAAAAUAGGAGAGGAAGUGUCCGCAAGCAGCUUUUGAAAUUCAUUCCAGGUCUUCACCGAGCGGUGGAAGAGGAAGAAAGUCGGGUUUGACAUCUUAAGUAUCUUCUUCAGUUGCAAGGGCUGUGUUCAUACCCAGAGGGAAACGAAAGCAGUAAUACUACGUGGUGCCUGGGAUUUGGACUGACUCACCCAGCCCCAGGUUUUUCCCUGACAUACCCCUACGACAGGACUGACAUUAUUUAAAAUGCUGGGUGCUGACAUUGUUCUUGACUGCAGAUAGCUUACAGUGGACCCAGCUUUGUUAGGUAGGAUACAUUUUCAGGGACUAAUUUUCAUAUCUGAAAAAGCUUUGCAGCAUCUUCUUGUGAACCCUUGCAUUGUCAAAACUGCCAUCUCUGUAUGGGAGUUACAGCUAUUUAUUUCCUGUGUUAGCCAGUCAAUUAAUAUAUACUUCGAAGAAUUGUAUUUAAGGGCCUUCUGCUGUUGAAAUCAUUGGCAAAAGUCCCUUGUGAGGAGGAUCAGACCCCACAUGUACAAAUGUGCACAUCACAGAAGAACAAAACUGAAAAGAAGUGCAGUAGACAGACGUCUGAAGGAUAUGUGCCUGUGCUCUGGUUCAGACUAAGGUAUCUGUAGCAGAAACUAGGGACUUUUAUGUAAAUGCAAUUCUCUUUCUAGUCUCAGAGGGGUAGUUAUGUCGGUAAACUAGAGAUCAUGUUUCUCCAGUCAGUCACACUCAGAGAACAAUAUGCAAACACUUCAGGGGCAGUAGCAGUAACUCACAGGGUAUUGUUGGGGCUACGUCUACACUGGCAGCUUCUUGCACAAGAACUCUUUUGCGGAAGAGUUCUUGCGCAAAAAGUCUUCCACGAGUG